CGUGGCUUGCCUGGAUGGGAAGUGAGUUACCACGUAAUUAAGCCUAUUGACUUACCUUUUCCACGUAAGCUCUUGUGACACUGUUUGAAAAAGAAACGCAAAAUGGACAAUACAUUACGAGAAUUUUUAGGAAAUUCCAAAGAAGGAGAACGAGUUUUUGUUGAAGGGCUGGAAAACGACAAAAAAAAGGUCUGUCGGUUGAAUGAGACAAACCAGUUGAGUUGCGUUGAACUUGGGGGUUUAGAGACCCAGUUAUUUUCAACAUUACAAUCUUUAGGGUAUAUAUGCACAUUAUCGGCGGACCCAAAUCGGCCGCCUAGCUUUGAAUGUAAAAAAUUUAUGGAUUAAACCGUCUGUUUGCAACUGUUAAGAAGAAAUGAUUCUUACAGUAUGUUUCGUCUCGUAUCUCCCAUCUCUCAGUUGGAAUUAGCAAAGUUUACGACUUAUAACUUUUCAAUCCUUACGAUUUAUUCGAUAGCAUUCGAUAAAUAAUAUGUAUGAGUGUCUUACGCC